AUGACGAGCCUCAGCCAAAGAAAGUCAGUAUACCAGCGUCGACGCCCUGUUGCAGUCGUUUUGCAAAUGCUCGAGGAGCAGCCGAGAGGAGAAUCUGCUGUUUUUGGCGAUAAUAUCUCCCAAUUUCCAAGAGAAUUGCGAUAUACAAUUGGAACGGCAAAAUAUAAAUAUAUAUUUCGAUAUAUAUUUUUGAUAUAUAAAUAUCACGAAUUGUGGAAGACUGUGGUUCGCAAGUCCGUCAACCCCGCUAAGCCACGCGCCAGUCUCCAGCCGGGCACUAUCCUCAUCCUCCUCGCUGGCCGUUUCCGUGGCAAGCGUGUUGUCCUCCUCAAGCACCUCCCACAGGGUGUCCUCCUCGUUACCGGUCCCUACAAGCUCAACGGUGUCCCACUCCGACGAGUCAAUGCCCGAUAUGUCAUUGCCACCAGCGCAUCCGUCAAGCUGACCGGCCUUGACGAGAAGACUUUGGAGAAGGUCUCUCAGCCCGGAUAUUUCACCGCCGGCAAGAGCACUGAGAAGAAGGGAGAGGAGGCUUUCUUCAAGCAAGGAGAAGCACCUGAGAAGACGAAGAAGAUCACAAGCGAACGUGCCAGCGACCAAAAGGCCGUCGAUUCGGCCCUUUUGGCCAUCAUCAAGAAGGAGGAGUUCCUCGACAGCUACCUUGCCUCCAGCUUCAGCCUACGGAAGGGUGACAGACCCCAUGAGAUGAAGUGGUAG